GCUAGAUUGGACAUGUUAAGAUAUUCAUUGCUUGUUCUUACAUGUAUAUCUGGUAUUACACUUGCAUCCAACCCGGAUGGGACUUGUACCAGUGACAGUGAUUGUACAGACCCAAACUACAAAUGUUGUACCGGAACUGUGUGGUGCUGCCCUCCUGGUUAUAUGUGUACCGGAGGCUCUUCUUGUCUCAGUAUAGGCGUGAUCAUCGGUCCUAUCGUCGUUGUAAUUGCCAUUAUUGCGUGUGUCGUCAUCGCUAUCUUUUGUUACAGAAAGAGACAGCACACAGCAGGUGUUGUGUACAAUCCUCAUGGAGUAACACCUAAAUUUUAACUCGAUCAACAUGGCCAGGAACUAUUUUCCAGAAUACCAGGUUACAGAAAACCACAGAAUGAAGAUCAUUGACUAAACCCAAGAGCAUGCGAACAGAGAGAGAGAGAGAGAGAGAGAGUAAACGUUUAAGCUUGCAAUUGUGCAUUUAUCUUUUGUUACUGCAAUUUUGCAUUUAAUUUUUUGUAUCAUCACUAUCACCCCCUGCAAGUAUUUAGAUCUUGUUUUUAAAGGGGCCUGGACACAGUUGCAUUGUUUACAAUUUAAAAUUAAUGUCUAUUUUUAUUUUAAAAAAUAAUUUCAGUUUAAUGAUUUGAACGUACAUGAACAUAUUCUAAGAAUUCAAUGACAACGACAUUCUUCAUAACAUCACGUCAAACACCUGUGAUUGUAAACAGGGCAAGAGCUCUGUUAUUGUUAGUGUUAACGUUUUACCGGGUGUGUUCAUUUUGUUAAGUCAGCACACCUCACUGAACACGGACUGAUAAUACACAUGAGUUGGUUUUGCUUUCUCGCAUUUCUACUCUGAACUUUCUGGAUUAUAGUUUACAUUUUUUUUCAUUAAUAUACAACAAAGUUUCUACUUCUCUUAAGUAUUAAGGAUAAAGUUUACUUUGUGAAAGUGCAAGGACAUAUGUCAAUCUAAAGCGUCCCGAAAAUUGUAGUUUUAAUAAUUUCAAGAUUAAAAAAAUUUUCUUAAAACGCUUUAAAUAUAUUUCGGUGUGAAAUGCUCUAGCAACAUAUAAGUAAUGAUAUUGUUUAGAAAAUUCUAGAAAAUAUGAGCUUCAAAUCUGUGUCCCAGCUCCUUUAAAAGCUUACAUUACAUGACUACUUAUAAACAUUGUAUGUUCAUAUUUAAUACCUGUACUGCAUGACUGAAUCUCCUUUGUAAAAAGAAAAUCUAUAAUAACAAUAAUUAUUGUACUAUAACCAAGCGGAGUAAGAAUGCAUGUUUUAUUAAUUUAUUAGGUAAAUGAAAAAGGAAUUAUGGCAGAUCUCAAAUAUAUUCAAAUACAAAUAAUA